AGAUAGAUGAACUAAAAUAUUUUAGAAAGAGAAGGUUGGGGAAAAUUUGAUCAAAAAUUCAGAAAUCAAUUAAAGAUUAAAUCAAUCUAAAAAGAGAAUGAUGGAGGAAGAGUAAAAGUAAAGGAAGUUAAUGAUAGAGUGAUUAAUUUAAUGAUAUCAUAAGAAUGAUGAACGAUUGAACAUAAGGGAAAGACAGAAAAUAUGAAAAAGUUAGAGAUCGAAAAAGAAC